AUGUACAAAAUAAGGUUUAGUAAGUCUUUAUUUUGAAAAUAUUAUCAUGCAUGUAUACACGUGACACAAAAAUUUAAUGAUAAAUUUUUAUUUUCUGAAACAGUUACACGAAAUACAACCAUUUCCAUUUAUAAUAAUGUUGUUAGAAACAUUGCAUCCCUUUCCAUGCUGUCGGAGACUCAUCAGAUGUUACACAAAACAUGCAAAGACUUUGCAGAAGGAGAAUUAAAGCCUUUGGCUAAAGAAAUAGACAAGAAACAUCUUUAUCCAAAAGAACAAAUAAAAAAAAUGGGUGAAUUGGGUUUAAUGGGUAUAGCAGUUCCUGAAAAUGUAGGUGGAACUGGGUUAGACUAUUUGGCUUAUGCCAUUGCAAUGGAAGAAAUAUCUAGAGGUUGUGCCAGUGCUGGUGUCAUAAUGAGCGCACAUAACUCUCUGUAUUUAGGUCCUAUAGAAAAAUGUGGCAGUAAAGAUCAAAAAGAAAAAUAUAUUACUCCCUUUACAACUGGCAAUAAGAUUGGAUGUUUUGCUCUCAGUGAACCAGGCAAUGGUAGUGACGCAGGUGCUGCUUCUACUACUGCCAAAUCAAAUGGAUCUAAUUAUAUAAUUAAUGGUACAAAAUCGUGGAUAACGAAUGCAUAUGAAUCAGAUGCAAUUGUUUUAUUCGCUACAACAGAUAAAUCUAAAAAACAUAAAGGCAUAAGUGCAUUCAUAGUUGAUAAAGCUACAGAAGGUCUUUCUAUUGGUAAAAAAGAAGAUAAAUUAGGUAUACGUGGAAGCAGUACCUGUUCAUUAAUGUUCGAUGAUUGUAAAUUACCAAAAGAAAAGAUAUUAGGAGAACCAGGAAUGGGUUUUAAAAUCGCAAUGAUGACUUUAGAUGCUGGCAGAAUAGGAAUUGCUGCUCAAGCUUUAGGUAUAGCUCAAGCAUCUUUGGACUGUGCAGUUGAGUACGCAACAAAACGGCAAGCAUUUGGCAAUGCUAUUAUUAAGUUACAAGCAAUUCAACAAAAAAUUGCUGAUAUGGCACUAAAAUUAGAAAGUUCAAGAUUAUUAACGUGGCGAGCAGCUGUACUUAAGGAUAACAACAAACCUUACACAAAGGAAGCUGCUAUGGCAAAAUUAUCGGCUUCUGAAACAUCUACUUUCUGCACUCAUCAAUGUAUACAAAUUUUAGGUGGCAUGGGUUACGUUACUGACAUGCCAGCAGAACGUCAUUAUAGAGAUGCUCGUAUUACUGAAAUUUACGAAGGUACAUCAGAAAUACAAAGAUUGGUUAUAGCUGCAAAUAUUAUCAAAGAAUAUAAUCUUAAUUGA